AUGUCAAACAAUACUACUCCUAAGAAAACGACAAAGAUACCAGACUCUAUAUUAUCGUUGAAGAAUGAGAACUGCCAUUUGCAGCUUAUGCUAUCAGAAAAGGGCAGUGAGGUGGUGUUUCUCAAAAACAAAGUAAAUCAGUUAAAGGCAAGAUUAGAUGAGAUCUUGGUUCCGCAGAAUGUGUCAAAGGCACCACAGAACAUUCCAAUUUCUGAUAUGUUAGAUAAAAUGGGUGAUGGUGAUGAUGAUAUUGCGACGCAUUUCUCGGGAUCUCCGUUUAGGGGAUCCAGACCAUUGAGCCACUCCACGAAGUUGUCAUCGUCGGCAAGUGUGAGUUCAAGUACAAAGCAAUUAAGUUAUUUAUUCUUCACGAGACAGAUCGUCCCGUUUGCGCAGGAGUCGAUAAAUAUUUUUGAGCGUAGUGAUUUGUUUAGUGGCCAGGCCCUGAGAAUUAAGCAUGCAUUUACCAGGGUAGUGGAAGGGCGUGGGACGACCAGCCAGAACUUUGAUGAUAUGAUUGAUAUUCUUGAUGAGUUGUUGAUUUUGCAGCGAAAUGCCAUUGUGUGUUUGAAUAGAGAGCUUGAAUACAAAAAGUUGACGCAGCAGUUGGAAUACUUGGCUACGAUAUUCCUUGAUCCAGAGGAGUACGGGUUGAAAUCCAAGGAUUACCUGGAACAUCUAAAGAAACAACUAUUGGACGUUAUCGCCAAUGUUUAUAGUCAGGUACCAAUCAUGGAUCAAAUCCCACAGCCGUGUACGGGAAACUUUUCAGGAGGUGAUGUUGAGGGCGACAGAACUGGUAACGGUAACCCGCCCGGGUUAAUAAACGGAACAUCUGGCGCAGCCACAACAGCUUCAACUACAAACGCACUGCCCAUGUCGGUAGCCAUUGCUCCCUCGAGUAACCCCCAUGAUAAGAACCAAUUUAAGAAACCAGCGUCAUCGAAGAAAUCGGGCCCCUCCGGAAGACUACCAAAUCUAGACACAUAUGUCCAACACCUAGAAAGCUGUACUGACUCAUUCAGCAAUUUUAAACUAACCACCACAGCAGCCUCCCCUCAAAAAGAACAGCUAGAAUUCAUCCCAAUCGGCUUUGAAGAUCGUUUUUCACACAACACAACUCCUGUACGUAAACCUCAAAGAUCCAACGGAUUAAAAAAGAUUACAUUAACACCGCUAAACUGCUGGGACAAAUAUGAAGACGACGAUGGGGAGGAAAAUAAAGAUCCUUUGCAACAAUUUUAUGAAGAACGAAUAACUGGGACAGACUUGGAAGAUACCAGAACAACUGCAACCGGGUUUAACAGCAUCUGA